AUGCUUCGACACGCCUUCGUAUCAUUCCUGCUGACUGCUACAGGAGUAGCAGCGCAGAACUCGACCACUAGCUACGACUAUGUUGUGGUUGGUUCUGGUCCUGGAGGAGCACCCCUCGCCGCCAACCUGGCUCGAGCUGGUCACUCGGUUUUGUUGCUUGAAGCCGGAGACGACCAAGCAAACAACCCCAACAUCUCACAGAUCGCCAAUUUCAACCCCGCAGCAAGCGACGAAACGACGCGUUGGGACUUUUGGACAAAGCAUUCCGACGAUCCGGAGCGUGAGCUGAAGUAUGAACACAUGGUUUGGCGCCAAAAGGACGGUUCAUUUUACACUGGUCUUGACCCUCCGGCUGGCGCUGAGCAGCUCGGCAUCUGGUAUCCUCGAACAGGGACACUUGGCGGUUGCGCCAUGCACAAUGGAGGCGUGUGUUCACUUCCUUCAGAUGACGACUGGAAUGAUAUUGCCAAAUUGACUGGCGAUAAAUCUUGGAAAGCAGAGAACAUGAGAAAGCACUUCGUCAAAUUGGAGAAGAACGAAUAUCUUGAGCCAGGGGCGCCGGGACAUGGUUUCGAUGGAUGGGUUAGCACGAUCCUCGCCGGAACAGACUGGGCCACCGAAGACGUGGACGUCACAACCAUAAUGAAAAAGAUCGUUAACGCCACUGGCGGUGACCCGUCCCAGCUUCCAGAACUGGCUAAGAAGGAUGUGAACGCACCGGACCCCAACAGGGACCAAGACACAGGUGUCAACGGCAUGGCAAUUCACGCAACGAGCCAGGGCCUCCGAUCAGGAACUAAUAGUUAUUUGAAGGCUACUCUGGCUGACGCAGCCAAAUAUCCCCUGACUAUCCAGCUUGAGUCAUUGGCAACCAAGAUUCUCUUCAGCAAGGGCACUGCGGAGCCGAAAGCAAUCGGCGUCGAAUACCUCAAAGGCAAAUCCUUGUAUAGCGGAGAUCCGCGCUACAAGGCAAGUGCCAAGGGACCCGUCGGGCAGGUCUUCGCAAAGAAGGAGGUCAUCAUCGCUGGCGGAGCAUUCAACUCGCCGCAGAUCCUCAAAUUGAGCGGCAUUGGCCCUGCUGCUGAACUCAAGAAGUUCAACAUCCCUGUCGUCAAAGACCUCCCCGGAGUCGGCGAGAACCUUGCGGACAACUACGAAGGCUAUGUUCUGGGGCUGGCUGACAAGCCGCUGACUGGACUAUCCAUGACAUCCGUUUCAGUAUUCCUCAAGACUCCAACGGCUCCCAAGCACCGUAACAUACACGCCUGGUGCGGUCCCCUCUCCUUUGAGGGCUUCUGGCCCGGCUUCCCCCACGAAUACGGCCCGACCGAGUGGGAAUGCCCCUUUGUGCACAUGAACCCAAGGAGCCAGGCGGGUUAUGUGCACCUCAAGAGCGCCGACCCGCGAGACACCCCCGACAUCAACCUCAAGUUCUUCGAGACCGGGGAAGACAAGGAUCUCACCGAGAUGCUGGAUGCCGUCAAGACAUUCCGCAAGGCGUUUCAGAGCGUGACGGCGCCCAUUGGCCCCUUCGAUGAGCUGCACCCAUGUCCAGGGAAGAACCAGGAUUGCUCCGAUGCCGCCAUUAAGGAAACGCUGAAGUUGCAGGCGCAUAGUCAUCAUGCGACUAGUACGUGUGCUAUUGGGGCUGCUGAUGAUGAGAUGGCAGUGCUAGACUCGGAGUUUAGGGUUCGGGGAGUGAAGAAUCUGAGGGUUGUGGAUGCCUCGGCUUUUCCCAAGGUACCGGGGGCAUUUCCGGUUUGUCCGACUUUCAUGAUUAGUGAGAAGGCUUCAGAGGUUAUUUUGGCGGCUGCCAAAGCUUGA